AUGGAAGGUGUUUCAUUCGACAUGCAUGAAACACAGAAAACAGAGCCACGAACACGGUGGGCAGACCGUCGGAGAAGAAGGAAGAGACACGACGACAACACCGGAAGGGAAGACCGGAGAGGUCAGGAUCGGUCAGGGAAAGUGCCUGAGACCAUUUACCAUUUGUUGGUGCAAUGUUCUUUUGCACGGUCUUGUUGGCAUCUUUCGGUUCUAAAUUGGAGUCAUACGCCUAUGGAGUCUUUUUGGGAUUGGUUUAGCCACAUUCUGCUACAACACUCAUCCACGGCCCAGGAAGAAUUGCUCAUGGUUCUUUGGGCGAUUUGGUAUGCCCGAAAUGAGGUGGUUUGGCGGGACAAAUCAAUGUCAGCGGCAGAGGUUAUUCUAUUGGCAAGAGUAGUCCUUAAUCAAUGGAGAAAUGCUCAACAAAGGAGAAUGGGGUCUUUACUUGUUCCUACGGGUUCAAGAGUGGACUUAGAGCAUUGGGUGAAACCAGUUAUGGGAAAGAUUAAGGUUAAUGUCGAUGGUGCAAUCUUUGCAAGUGAUGGUCGAUUUGGAGCGGCAGGGGUGGCCCGGGAUUCUCAGGGUCGAUUCAUUGAAGGCUUCACAGUUUUACGAGUGGGGUGUGUGGAUUCGGCUAUGGCUGAAUUGGUAGGGGUUAAGGAGGCCUUGAGUUGGAUAAAGAGGAAACAUUGGGGACCGGUUGAGAUUGAAACCGAUUCUUUGGUUGUUGUCCAGGCAGUCCAAAGCACGGUGGAGAUACCUUCUCCUUUUGGCCUUCAGGUGGCGGUUUGUCGUUCUCUUUUGGCCGAUUUGCCGUUAGUCUCAAUUAAUUUUGUUAAACGUUCUGUAAACAAAGCUGCACAUUGUCUUGCUCGUAGCUCUUGUUUGUAUCCAGAUCGUGUGAUUUUCUUUCUAUUGUAA